UUUCAUCAUUUGGAUUGAAACUUUUUACUUUUAUAAUGCUCCUUGCGUCCUUUGCCUCCAAUAAUUUCCUACACCCCUUCUUUCUCCUUCUCACUAUCUUUCUACAUCAUUAUAUCAGAAAAAAUCCAAAGUAGUAGCAGAUAACCAACCAUAGUUUAAAAAGAAUGGGAAAUGCAUUGAGGCUUCUGUAUGGCCAAUGCUGCGGCGAGCCACCAACCACCACCACUGCACACGGCGGCGCUGGUGAUCAACCACUUGGCCACCACGGUGUUUCUUCAUCCAGCGUCGGUGUCUCCGCCCUUGCCCAACACCUCUAUCACUUCGAAAUCACCUCCCAGGUUCCUGAAGGCCUGAGUAAGCAUGUGAGUUCAUCCAAAAAAGCUCAGUCCAAUUGGUAUAAGAAACUAUCAAAGGCAUGGAGGGAAUCAAAACCUCCACCAAAGACACCCGAAGAGGCUUCCAGGCUUGUAAUUCGUAUCCUACACACACGCCAAAUAGCUGAUAUUCAGGGUUUAUUAUCAUUCUACGGUCUCCCACUUCCUCAUUCGCUAGUUGAACUCACGGGCGGUGAUGCUCCAUCGGUUGUCGACGGUCUCAAAUUCGUGUUACACACACUUCCUGUGGAUCCGAGGGCGGUAGCAGAUGGAGACGGUGCAACAGUGUAUGUUAGUACCUCAGAUACCCGAGAGUCAUCACGUGUUCCACCCGAGAUACAAAUGGCAGCGGUUGAACGUAAUGAAGCACGUGCCCAGAGGAACUUCACCAAAGCAGAUAAAUUGCUCAAGCAAAUCAAAGAUGCGGGAUAUGGGGUGCUACAUAUAAAUAACGAGGAAAUUUUAGCACGAAAGUAUCGGAUUAGACUAAGGGGAAUAGAUGCACCCGAAAAUGCAAUGCCUUAUGGGAAAGAAGCGAAGGAUGAAUUGGUGAGGAUAAUUGAUGGGAAGUGUUUGAAGAUUUUGAUCUUUGAUGAAGAUCAAUAUGGGCGUUUUGUUGGGGAUAUGUAUUGUAAUGGCAUAUUUGUACAAAAAUUAAUGUUGAAGAAAGGACUUGCAUGGCAUUACACUGCUUAUGAUAAACGACCUGAAUUAGCGAAGUGGGAGAAAAGUGCGAGGGAUAAGAGAAUUGGGUUGUGGGCUUCAUCGAAUCCUGAAAUGCCAUGGGAAUGGAGGAAGAAUCGCCGCGAAAAUAGAUAGUUGGAAAGAAUGGAAUGGCGAUAAUAUGGAAUGAAUUGUUACAUUCCAUAAUCAUGUUUGAUUGGGUGUAUGAAUGAAACGAAUUUUCUUAUGUAUUUUUUGUAUUGUAUGUAAAUACAAGGUAUGGUUCCAAAAUAGAGUUGUCUUAUGCUCGAA